UCUCAGUAACGCUUCCUUCCCGCUCAUCUCUCACUCACUCACUCACUCACUCACUCACUCUCGCUAUUCUUUAUGCUUGCUGUUUUUCGUCUUCCUUGAACGGGAGAGAAAUUGAGCAUGAAGCGCAAGCGUGUGCUUAAGAAAGCUAAUCCAGCGAAUGUACCUUCAAUGGGUGCAAUUGUAAACCAAACUACUGAUGCUGCUUCAGAAGAUCAGAGGACAAACUAUGAGGAACAACCAAUACCUCCUGAUCCUGAUCCUCGGUACAACGAGGAAGAAUUAAAUGUUGCCUUGAUGGUGAUUAAGAAGAUUAUGAGUAAGGAUGGGACUGCGCCGUUCAAUGUUCCUGUCAACCCCAUUGUCCUGGGAGUAACUGAUUACUUUGAUGUCAUUGGUACACCAAUGGAUUUUGGGACAAUACUUUGCAAUCUUGAAAAUGGGGUCAAGUAUAUGAAUUCUGAGGAUGUAUUUAACGAUGCACGAUGCAUUUGGGAGAACUGCUAUAGAUAUAACAAGCCAGGUGAUCGCAUUUUGGAACUUGUGAAACAAGUGAAGGAGAAUUUCAUGAUGCUUUGGACUGCAGCUGGGUUGUACAGUGCAGAACCAAGAACAGAGUCUGGGGACAUGCCCUUACUGCCUUCCAAAGACAGUGGCAUGCAGCAGAUCAGAUGCUCUCCUAGGUGCCAAAUGGGCUCAAUAGCCAGCAGCAAACAGGAUCAAUCAUGCCACAGCCAAGCCCAAGCCAAUACCAAGCCCCAGUCUUGUAAGAGACUUAACUUGGCAGAACCAAGCUCCAGCGAGUCACAUCAGCUCCUCCCAAGUUCCAAUGAGACUCAAUCCUCCCACUCACAAACCGGUGCAGCCACCAACAGUUUAAGAGUCACACUUAAUUUGUCUCCUAGAGAUACUGGCAAGCAGAGCAGCAGGUGUUUGCAUGGGCUCCCAGAGGGCCCAAUGACCAACAACCAGCAGGAUCAAUUGGGCUCUAUCCAACCUCAUCUCCAGCAGGCCUUCCAGAGUUCUAGCUUUGAGCAUCCAAACUCUGAUCAUCCACACCAACUUCAGUCAUCGCAGUCGAGCUCUAGUGAGUACCAGCCCUUCCAUUCACAGUCUGACCAAGAAUCUGAUGGCUCAGGUCCCUCAAGCAGGCGAAGGGAAACUCCAGGCCAAGGUUCAUCAAUCACAAAGAGAAAGCCCCGAGUUCGAGGCCCCACAUUGUGUUUGGAUGUGUGGAACAUGCCUGAAGGUCAGCAUGUGGUUGUGGAGACAAAUGAGGUAGGGCAGCCUGAUGGUGAUUCUGCCUGUAAGUUGGGUAACUUUCUGGGUACCAUAGCCCGGGAUGGACACCUAGCACCCCUUACCUAUGCUGAUUGGAGGGCAGUGCCUCAAGCAGCCAAGGAUAAUAUGUUGCAACUUGCUAAGUCAAAGUUUGAGAUAAGUCCAAGGCUUGAAAACUGGGUGCUCAAGACCCUGGGUAAAAGAUGGAAGGACUGGAAGGCACAGUUAAAGGCCAAAUAUUUUAACAACAAGACUGAUGAUGAGCAUAUCGAGAUUGAUGACGAGCGGGUUCUCCCAGAGCAGCGGCCUAUCCUCCUUGCAUAUUGGCGCUCUGAAGAGAGUCAGAAACGCUCUGCAAUGAAUAAGGCUAAUCGUGCGAAACAAAGCAUUGGACAUACAGCAGGCACAAAAAGCUUUGCCCGAAUCAGGAAGGAGGAGCGAAACAAGAGGCCAGAUGGGGAUGAGCCCACGAGAGCUGAGCUCUUCAUUGUAACCCAUCUGCGCAAGGAUGGAACGCCAGUUGAUGAAACAUCAGCAAACAUUAUUACACAGCUUCAGGAACGUGCACAGACCAAUCCACAGCCUGUUUCACAUGAAAGAGUUCUCCACGACGACAUCUUCUCCCAAGUCAUGGGAAAAGAUGGCCAUGGCCGUGUCCGAACUUAUGGCUUAGGUCCAUGCCCAUCUGAUAUCUGGGGUCCAAGGCCCAGCCGGGCAGAAGCCAUAGCAAUCGCCUCGGAAGCUAAGAAGGCACUGAAUGAAGUAGCCAAAAUUAAGGAGAAGAUGGAGGCGGUGGAGAGUAAAUGUGCAGAAAUGGAGGUCCAAAUGGCUGAAAUGAAGUCAGCAUUGCAGAAAAGCCCAGUUUAGCUUGAUGACUUACAUAUAGAUACUGUCUUGAGCCUCAGAAAUAUAGCAUAAGGUAUAUAUGAUUAUACUAUCCUUCUGUGAGUAAAUUAGUAGAGAAGUUCCCCCAACCAUAAGUAUAGUUUUUUGGUUUCAGUUUCAUAAGUUAGUUUGUGUGAAUAUAUAGACUUAUGACAGAUUUUUGGAUUUCUACAAGCUCCCCCACCAAGUAAUGUCUACAUUGAAGUUAUAUUGAAUAUGCAAAUAUAGGUAAAUCUAUAGCUAUGUUUGGUUCAUGGAAA